GUUAUCGGCAGAGCUUGACUUUCCCCCGUCGUCUGUUUACGGCCGCGGAUAGCGAAAGAGGAAGUGAAGAACUCACGGCAAAAGCAGGUUCAUUUUUUUUUAUAUAUAUAAUGGAGCGAGACACAGAAAUAAUCGGUUUAAUUAAAGCUCUUGGGUAUAGGAGCAAGGCGUGCUUGAAGAAAUGUAAAUGUGAUGAAUUGCCCUGCCCGCUGCUCACCUGGUUAGUCUCAGAACUAAGAGCAAGUUGUCUUAAAAAACCAGCAGAACGGCGUGUUGGAAGUGCAGUUCUGGUCGGAGAGUUGAGGGAGGUGCUGAAGGAGAUGUCCUGUCCUCAGAAGGCACUCACAUCAGAGCAUCUCAGCCCUCUUCUGCUGCUCAGAGUGACCGAGUUUUUGGUGUCAGAGUUGGCGGCAGCACGUAUGCUGAUGUGCGGAGAGAGUCAUCCAGAAGAUACAGAACAGAGUUGUGAGUCAAAGGGUAAAGAGCAAAGGAAACGGGAAAGCCUUGAUAUGGGCAAUAAAGACGAGCAUCAGGACAUCAGUCCGGCACAAGAGGAUAAAACUGAUUGGAAAGAAGUAAAUAAAGAUCUUGCAGAACUGUUUCAGACUCUUGGCUUAGAAACAACCCAGUUGAGUGACGCCUGUGCGGAGGUGGAAACACGGCUGACUUCACUUCCAGAAGGAGAAGUGCCAGGAGCAUUACUGAAGACCAGUCUGACCUCGGAGCAAUGGAAAAAGAUUAAUGACAUCAACCGAGCUCUCUGUAAGGAUUAUGAAUGUCGGCGCCAAAUGAUGAUCAAGCGUUUCCAUGUCACGCUGCAGUCCUUCACUUGGGGAGAGAGGGGAAAGGAACGCAGUGCUUUACUUUCUUCCAUGAAAAAGUUCACGCCUUCUCUUGAGUCCUCUGUCUCCGUUGCUACGCUGUUGGCAACCAGAGAGGACGAGUCUCGCAUCAGGCCUGUUAAGGCAGGGCCUUCAACGGCGGUUCACAAGGUGCUGAUGGGCAGCGUGCCAGACAGAGGGGGGCGUCCGGGGGAGAUCGAGCCACCGAUGCCCAGCUUCACCAGUCGCAGUGAGGGAGGAGGUAGUCAUUACAGAAAGAGAAGACGAGAGUUUUCCGGAAAGAAGAAGAAAAAUAAACAGAAUUAGAUUUUUUUUUUAGAUCUAAAGUGCUAGUUUUGCAACAAAGAGCGCAACAAAAGAGCUUUAUGUUAAAGGAGGCAAUAUUUCCCAGAUAAAAUUGUAGAAUAAGACAUUCAUGAUAAUGUUAAAAAAUGAAUUAUUAUUUAAUUUUUCAAAGUUUGUAAUGCACUAUUUAAUUUGCUGAACAAAAAUGCGAUCAAUUCAUUUCAGUGAAAUGCAUAAAUAUGAAUAGCUACAAGCUGUAUUUACUUUGAAUAUCCGAUAUCUAUCUUGAUUAAAGACAAUUGCGUUUCCUUUAAAACA